AUGAUCAAGGAGCAGCUGCAUGCAUCAGGGUUAAAGCCCUGUGACAGAAAUCUCAGGGAUGCAGAACUAAUAACAUGUCGUUUAAAACGUGUUGAACAACUAUGCCAGUUGCCAACCUCUGUACUUCAGCAACUUGCCAUGUGUGGUUAUUAUGAAGAUUUGGAGAAAGGAGUCACAUUGUUUAGACAAGGAGAUCCAGGACAGUGCUGGUAUGCGGUCUUAGGAGGGUCAGUGGAUGUAAAAUUAAUUCAACCUGAUGUGGACCCUAAAAUACCAGUGACACUAUGCAGUCUUGGUGUAGGGGCCACUUUUGGAGAGUCGAUUCUGCACGAUCUACCUCGGGAGAGUACUGUUACCACCAGGACGACGUGCGAAUUGUUGAGAGUGGAGCAACACGACUUCAGGCUGAUUUGGGAGAAAAACAAAGAGUUGAUGAGCGAAUUAGUGGCGAAUCCAAAACUGAAAAAUGGAUUUGGACCAGGGGUGUGUCUCACAGGCACCCAACGAGAAGGUUCUCCAACAGGAAAAAGCUCUCACAGUUUAGACGGACCAAACCCUGCCGAACCCAUAACAGAGGCACCCAGCCCUGCAAUGGCUCGCAUAGGUUGGGCCUUACGAGUAAUAUUAUUGAGCGAAACUGGAGGUUGUUUAAAAGACAGAAAAUUAUCAGGUAAACCAGUAAGACGAUGUGCACCUGGCACAGAGUUGGUGGACUGGCUGGUCGCCCUGUCUCCUGCAGUACAUGGACGUCUGCAAGCCCAAGGCAUGUGGCAGGCCUUGCUGGAGGAAGGAGUUAUAGCACAUGUUGCCCAUGAGCAACCCUUCAAAGACAAAUGUUUCCUAUAUCGGUUUCGUCAAGAUGAAGAUCCACCAGGAGGUGCAACCACUGGAAGUAACAACAAUGCUCUUCCAAGUAUGGAAGAACUGGCCAGGGCUGAAGAACAUGUCAGAGACGCUCUUGCAGCCUUGGCACACAGGGCUUCUGAUGCACUUUUGAGGAUGAUACUUAGAAAACCGAGCCAUGAACGGACUCAGGACGACUUGGAAACUAUUUAUGAAGAACUUCUGCACAUAACGGCUCUUUCACACUUGUCCAAUUCCGUAAAACGAGAACUUUCUGCUGUGAUAGUAUUUGAGGCACAUCCACAAGCCAGUACAGUUCGUAAGUAA